GCAUAAACAAAAUUGAAGUUGAUUGGAGUAAAGCCACUAAAUUUGUAAUUUAUAGCAUUCAAAUCUCAACUACUUGCGAUCACUAGCCAGUAUUGAACCAAACUUUCCUUCAAGACACUAAAAAUCUUAUUUUGGUUUGGUCAGUUUCAGUCCAUUCCAGACCGAACCGACCGAUUCACAUAGGGUAUUUAUACUAGUGCCAAGUGAUUCAUCCAUCAACAAGACAUCUGAGGAAUAAUGGAUAUUCUUUUCUCAGUCUUAGUGACAGCUGCAAUAUACUUAAUUGCAACUAAUCUGAUUUUCUAUGGCCUUGCAGUAGAAUCACCUAAGUACACAUUACUGCACUCUGAUUCAGACUAUGAGAUCAGACUCUACAGAGAAGUUUCCUGGAUUUCAGCUCUUGUUCAAGGAACAACUUCUUUUCACAAAUCUACCACAGAUGGCUUUCACAGGAUUCACCAAUACAUUCAUGGAGCAAAUCUGAACUCUGUUCAGCUUCCAAUGACUGCUCCUGUCUUAACUAACAUCAGACCAUCAUCAACAAUGACUGUAUAUUAUAUAAAGUUGUUCUUAACUAAAGGUAACCCUCCGCAGCCCAGCGCCGAACUUAAUUUACAGUUAGAGAGAGGGCGAGCUCAGUGUUUAGCGGUCAGAAAGUUUUCAGGGUUCGCGGAGGAUGAUAACAUUAAGAAAGAAAUGGAGGGUCUAGUUGCCAGUCUAACUAAACACUCACCUGGAAACACAACACUUAAAGAUGGCAUCACUUCCUAUACAAUUGCUCAGUAUAAUUCUUCACAUCACAUAUCGGGGCGAUAUAAUGAAGUAUGGAUUGAUGUUUCGGGUUUUAAUAUAGAAGGAUGUUUACCUAAAGGAUAUGAUAACUAGUCAGUUUAGGACUGGCAGAUGCUGCCCUAAAAUGAUCAAUAAUCACAAUGGUCUGUUCUAAAACUUUCACAAAUGUAUGCUUGCACAAAAUAAUAAAACUUCUUUGAUAUUUGAUA